CGCGCUUAGAUACCCCAGGACAGGAAGCGUGUAGGGAACGCGCCCAGUCGCGCUACGCCAAGGCAGAGUCUCUGCUUGUCAGCACAGACUACUUCACUCCCUCUUGUCCGCCUCUCCUUUCGAUACAUAGUCCAUCUGCUAUACCCACGAAAGCAACAUCAUGUCAGACGAAAAGGGAGCCUCUCAACGACGCUCCACAGGACUCGCAUCCAUCACAGGCCCAACGCGUCGUCGUCUGCCCACCUUGGCAGAGGUCCUUGCUCGCAGAACCCUGCCUCCUGUAGACCUCUACUGCUACUAUCUUUUCUUGCAGCGAGAAGGAUCUGAGGACUCCCUCGACUUCUGGCUCGAUGUCCAACAGCACGAGAAUCUCUGCCGAGCCUACUUCAAGGAUCUCCGACGCAGCGGUCGAGCAUUGAAGGAGGAGUGGCCAGAGUAUUGGAGGCAGGCAAGGUCGCGUGGUAGCAUCUACAACCGAGUCAACGGGCUCGACGACGAGGACUAUGACGACUACGGUAGCGACGGUGUGACUCGCACUCACGGUCAUACGGAGAGCGAGACGGGCUUCGAGUUCACUAGUGUGGGCGAUGAUAUGACCAGGAGCGGCCAUCUUGGACGAAAUGCCCGAACCGAAGAUGGGACCGAGGAUCUGCUGGACGACUACGAUCCUACCGUCAGUGGCGACCCGACCAGCACUGGACAGUAUCUACGAAAUAGAACAGAGCCAUCCCAAGCUAUGACGGAGUCGACAUCUGAGGCAGGCUGGACACAAGCGACUGGGGGACCUCGUUUCCCGGGGGACCCCGAUUACCCUCUAGGACUCAGCGAACGAUCAAACUCGCAGAGGCGAGCAAAUCUUGCCAAGAGAGCUUCUCUGGCCCCAACUGUCAUUGCUCGGUCCUCUGCCAUUACCAAGACCGAUCUUGUAGCCUCAGCAGAGAGAAUCUAUGCACGCUAUCUGCUGCCAGGCAGCGAAAAGGAGAUCUACCUGCCCCCUCAGCUCAGAAUUGUCAGCUUCCCAAUCGGUGCUGAUCAGGAUUUGGACGACCUCGACUCGGAACAGAUGAGAGCUCUGGCGCGUGUACCAGAUAUGUUCCACCCGCAGAAGGAGUACGUCUUCCGCACAAUGGAGGCCGAUGUCUUCCCUCGCUUCCUCCGAGCCAAGGCUUUUGGCAAUCUCACGCCUAUUUCUGCUCUUGUGCGACUGAGUUUGGGUCUCCUCGCUCUCUGGGCCGCCCUAGCCACGGGCUUCAGCUUCAUCUUUCUGGACGUCGCUCGUCUGACACGAUGCUGGGUGAUCCUUCCCUUCUCCAUCGCCAUCACCCUCGUCCUCUCGCACCAAUACGAGCUGGACCCCUUGCUAGUCCUCGCCAGCAGGUCCGAAACCACGCCCUUUAAGCUCAUCACAGUAAGGGAGCCCUACGUCAAGCAACUCCUCUUCCAAAGGGCACUAGGAAUGAUGUUCGUAACGACAAUCAUCGCAGCAGCGCUAUGCGUGCUGUUUAUCUUUGUGCCUGGGCACAGGCUUUAAGUGGAGAGGUGUAGGGAGGGAGAAGGGGAAAAGAGAGGCGCUGGCGCUUCUUUGCCAUCCUGAGGAGGAUCGGCGUGCGAAAGCCGAAGUCUCUCCUCAUACCAGCUACUUUCCUUUGUUCUUUUGGUCCUUCUUUGGCCGCUCGUCCCCACGCCUCUCAGCUCUACGAAUCUCCUCCCACUUCGCUCUUUUCGAUCUAUAUACCCACGCCCCGAUGCGAGCCUCACGAGCAACGAGUACUACCACUCGGCAAGGCUCUUACCCACACCUGUCAUUACCCCUGUUUUUGUUCUGGUCGGUCGGACGGGGCCUUUUCACGUCUUUUCGUCGUCUUCUUCUUCUUGUCUUUCUCGAUACAUACGUACG